AUGAUACUCAAUCUCCCUUACGGAACCUCGAGUAAAUUCUUGCAUGAAAGGCUUCAGAUGCCUACUAUUAAAAAUGUCGUACAUGAGAUUGCAAUAAAAUUCUUUAAUACUCUAAAUGACAAAGAACCCCUUAAGGACGUAGCUAAAACAACAAAUCAGAAUCCUUGCUUUAAGCAUAAAGUCUUAAAUCAAAUCAUAAUAAAUCAACAACCAAAAAAUAUCAGUAAACCAGUAAACGAUAUCAAAUAUUUAACCUCAGCAACAAGCGGAAACGGCAGCUUGAUCUUCUCCGACAGCCUGGGCAACAUCCACGUAGUAAAAAGAACUUACCAGGUUUCAACCUUUAAAGCCUACGAAAUAACCUGCACACUAACGCACCAGGUGCCUCAUACAUCUUAUCUCUUCACUAUCGGCGAGGACGACCCGGGCUGCAACCCGACAAUCAAAGUCUGGAACUUUUCCAAGCUCGACAAGCAAGAAAACCCAACAUGCAUCCGAGUAAGCCGCGCAAUCCCCAGCUUUCGAGCAGUACCGGCGACCGCUAUGUACAUCCAUCCUAGCCUUUCAAUGAUGGCAGUGGGGUUCAGCGACGGCUCGGUGAUGCUGUAUCGCGGAGAUGUCACCCGGGACAGGAAAAACAAAAUAAAAGUGAUAAAAGACUCCAACACGGCAGUUACUGGCCUUGAAAUCCGGUCGACCGGAAAGCAGAACCAUCUCUUCGUCGCGACGACUUUGAACGUUUAUCUCUAUAACAUCACCGCGAAAGACAAAGAGGUCAAAACAGUGUUGGACAACAUGGGCUGCGCUCCGGGUUGCAGUGUCCUAGCAGAGACCAAUCAGGAUAGCCACUUCAUGAUUGCCAGGAACGACGCAGUCUAUUGCUACACUCUCGAUGGUCGCGGGCCCUGUUAUGCCAUUGAAGGUCAGAAGGUCAUGCUGGACUGGUUCCGUGGGUAUCUGGUAAUUGUCGCCAAGGAAUCUGCUGGAGCGCCAUCUAGAUCAGGAGCAUCUGGAUCAGGAGUUGGAGUGUCCAGAAGUACGACAAUCUCAGCGAAACCCAACACAAUCGAACCGAUUCCUCCAGGAGUUGACAAGCACCAGAUCACCGUCCUCGACAUCCAGAAUAAGUUCAUCGUUUUCUCUGCCUCGAUGAUCUCGAUCUCCGCCAUAGUUUCCGAGUGGGGAGGUUUCUUCAUCCUGAGCGGUGACAACAAGCUCUAUCAUCUAGACGAGAAAGACUUGCAACUAAAACUGGCUCUGCUGUUUAAGAAGAAUCUCUAUGAUGUCGCGAUCCGGAUUGCUAAGAGCCAGCAGUACGACAGUGAAGGUCUCGUUGAUAUUUUCCGACAAUAUGGAGAUCAUUUGUACGCCAAAGGCGACCACAAUGGCGCCAUAGAGCAGUAUAUCCGCACAAUUGGAAAGCUGGAGCCUUCUUAUGUCAUCCGAAAGUUCUUAGACUCUCAGCAUAUUGAUAACUUGACGACUUAUUUGCAGGCGUUACACAAGCAAGGAAAGGCCACGGAAGAUCAUACCACAUUGCUUCUCAAUUGCUACACGAAACUCAACCAGACUGAUAAGUUGAAGCAGUUUAUCAUGACCAAAGACCGCGAGGUUGACUUUGACGUUGAAAUUGCUAUCAAGGUUUGCCGAUCAGCUUCUCCAGAAGACGCUCUGCUGCUCGCCCGAAAGCACAAAAAGCACGAGUGGUUUUUGAGGAUUCAAAUUGAGGACAAGCAGGAGUACAAAAGCGCGCUGGAAUACAUGGAAACUCUGGAGUUUGAAGAAGCUGAAAUGAUGAUGAAGAAAUACGGGAAAAUUUUGAUUGAAAAUGUUCCGGCAGCGGCUACAGAAUUCAUGAAAAAAUUGUGUACUAAUUAUCGACCGGUAACUUUAGAUCGCCCGCUGAUCGAUCAGAAUGUUGAUCUAGAUGAGCAAACGGAGCGCGCAAAUCCAGAAGACUUCAUUCAUUUGUUUUUGAACAAUUCUGAGAGGUUAGUUGAGUUUCUGGAGUAUCUAGUCAAAUGUGACACAAAAUGGAGUACUUUAGUAUAUAAUACUCUCGUGGAACACUAUCUCCAUGUAUGGGAAGCCCAGGAGGCAGAUGUUACCAAACUGCAGUAUGAACAAAAGGUAAUUCGGUUGCUGCAAAACUCGGAAGCUUGCUACGACAAAGAUCAGAUUCUGAUUCUGUGCCACCAGCAUAAUUUCCGUCGCGGAUUGCUUUAUUUGUACGAAGAGCGGAAACUGUACCAGGAAAUUUUACAGUACCAUCUGCGAGAGGCAGACGACGAGUCUGUUUUAUCAACUUGCCGACGGUUUGGGCACCAGGAUCCUAACUUAUGGGUCCAGGCCCUCUGGAGCGUUGCACGUAAUCGCAAAGCUUCGCCGAAAUUACUGGCGGACAUUUUGACGUUCAUCGCAGCAGAGAAACUUUUAUCACCUUUGAUGGUGAUAGACGCACUGUCCACGUCGCUUAAUUGCACUCUGGGGGACGUUAGGAGUUAUUUGAACAGUGUAUUGAAGACUGAGCACGAUCAGACGAUUGCUGACCAUGAGCUGGUAGAAAAGUAUCGCAAGGAUACGAUCAAAUUACGCGAGCAGAUCGAUGUUAUUAAAAACAGCACAAUUAUCUUUCAAGGGUCUAGGUGCAGUGCGUGUCAUCAUCAAUUAGAACUGCCGUCUGUUCAUUUUAUGUGCACGCAUUCGUAUCACCAGCAUUGCUUCCAAAGUUUUUCGGAAAAUGAAAAUGAAUGUCCAGCUUGCUUGCCGAAUAAUAAGAAACUGCUGGAUAUCAUCAGGGCUCAAGAAGCCUCCAGGGAUUUGCAUGAAACCUUUCAUAGUUUGCUAGAUAGGGCUGAAGAUCCUUUUUCCCUGGUAGCUGAUUAUUUUGGCCGAGGUGUUUUCAAGAAAUUGAUGGUAAUCACGGACGCUGAUGCGGAAAAACCCUUGAUUCCUGGAGCGACCAAUACUGCUGCGUUGAAUCCUAUCGUCAGGAAUAGCGAGGAUAAGGAGAUUAAAGAACGGGCGUAUGGAACUUCAGAAGCUAGGAUCAGGCUGACUGAAGGAAAAUCCAAGGAUGUCGACGAACGCGGCAGGUACGCGAUGAGUCUGGAAGCCAAUAUCAGUUCUAGGGAAAGGAGGUCUUCUCCAGUAAGGAUCCGCGAGGCCUUGAUUGUUAAUAGCAGCCCGAAAAAUUCACCAGGAAAAAAUUUUGUUGUUCCCAAGACGCCGAUCGUUCCGGUGAAUGCUGUUCCUGCGGACUACGAUGAGAAGAAUAAUCCUUUUGCUGAAGAAGCCACCGAGGAAACAAAAAGUACUAAUCCUUUUGAUGAGGAUGAUGACAAGGAUGAUGAUGAUGAUGAUGAUGAUUAUAAUAAAAAUUUGAAUCCUUUUAGUAAAUAG